AUUUCCAGAUGAAUUGUCUGAAUUACCACCUAAUAGGGAAGUGGAAUUUUCUAUUGAUUUGGUUCCUGGAACAGCUCCAAUCUCUAAGGCUCCAUAUAGGAUGGCCCCUACAGAACUCAAGGAGCUAAAGGAGCAAUUGCAAGAGCUGUUGGAUAAAGGUUUUAUAAGGCCGAGUGUGUCACCUUGGGGUGCUCCUGUGUUAUUUGUGAAGAAAAAGGAUGGAACCAUGAGACUCUGUAUUGACUAUAGAGAGUUGAACAAGGUGACAGUACGUAACAGGUAUCCUUUGCCUAGAAUUGAUGAUCUUUUUGAUCAGCUGGUGGGAGCUCAAGUUUUCUCUAAAAUUGACUUGAGAUCUGGAUACCAUCAAUUGAGAGUCAAGGGAGAGGAUAUUCCUAAAUCAGCCUUCAGAACCCGCUAUGAGCAUUAUGAAUUUCUGGUGAUGCCAUUUGGGUUAACUAAUGCUCCUGCAGCAUUCAUGGAUUUAAUGAAUAGGGAUGGAAUUUCAGUAGAUCCGGAAAAGGUUAAAGCAGUGGUAGAAUGGAGUAGACCUACUAAUGUGACUGAAGUUCGGAGCUUCUUGGGCUUAGCUGGGUAUUAUAGAAGAUAUGUGGAGGGAUUUUCUCGUAUUGCAGUUCCAUUAACUCGAUUAACGCAAAAGGGUGUGAAGUUUGAGUGGACAGAUGAAUGUGAACAAAGUUAUCAAGAGUUGAAGAGUAGAUUGGUCUCAGCACCUAUUCUGACCAUUCCUGAUGAUAGUGGUGGUUUUACAAUUUUCAGUGAUGCUUCAAUGAAAGGGUUGGGUUGUGUUUUGAUGCAACAUUGCAAGGUGGUAGCUUAUGCCUCAAGACAAUUGAAACCAUAUGAGAGGAAUUAUCCAACUCAUGAUCUCGAACUAGCAGCAGUUGGUUUUGCUCUUAAAAUUUGGAGACAUUAUUUAUAUGGUGAGAGGCAUGACUUAGAUGCACUUUUGGCUAGUUUGCAAGUCCAGUCGACCUUGAUCGAGAAGAUAAAGACUGCCCAGUUGGAUGAUCCAUUUCUGCAGCAAAUGAGACAAAAGGUGGAGUCCAAUGAUCCCAAAUUGGAAUCUUUUAGGAUUCAUGAAGAUGGUUCUAUUAGGCACGGUGAUCGAAUUUGUGUUCCUAAUGAUUCAGAGUUAAAGGAGGUUAAGAUUGAGCAUCAAAGACCAGCUGGCAAGUUGCAGCCACUUCCUAUUCCAAAGUGGAAGUGGGAACAUAUAACCAUGGACUUUGUCACUGGUUUGCCUGCAACAAAAAAUGGAAAUGAUUCUAUUUGGGUCAUUGUUGAUAGACCAGCUGGCAAGUUGCAGCCACUUCCUAUUCCAGAGUGGAAGUGGGAACAUAUAACCAUGGACUUUGUCACUGGUUUGCCUGCAACAAAAAAUGGAAAUGAUUCUAUUUGGGUCAUUGUUGAUAGCGUACACAAUGCUUUAGGAACAACUCUUAAUUUUAGCACCGCUUAUCAUCCACAAACAGAUGGACAGUCUAAAAGAACCAUUCAGACUUUGGAAGACAUGUUGAGAGCAUGCGUAAUUGAUAUGAAAAAUUAUUGGGAUCACCAUUUACCUCUCCUAGAAUUUGCUUAUAAUAAUAGUUACCAUGCAAGUAUUAAGAUGGCUCCAUAUGAGGCUUUGUAUGGGAGGAGGUGCAGGUCUCCAAUAUGUUGGACAGAUGUUGGGGAAAGGAGUUUGUUGGGCCCAGAGUUGAUCCAGCAAGCUACAAAGAAAGUUCAUCUUAUACGAGAGCAUCUUCGUGUUGCACAAAGUAGGCAAAAGAGUUAUGCAGAUAAUCGAAGGCGUGAUUUAGAAUUUGCUGUGGGAGAGAAGGUAUUUUUGAAGGUGUCACCUACUAAAGGUGUUGUGAGGUUCGGUAUUCGAGGGAAGCUUAGCCUUCGCUUUAUUGGUCCCUUUGAGAUUUUAGAAAGGGUUGGAGAAGUGGCUUAUAGGUUGGCAUUGCCGCCAAAUUUAUCGGAGGUGCAUAAUGUUUUUCAUGUAUCAAUGCUAAGGAAGUAUGUUCCAGACCUUAGUCAUGUGAUUGAGCAUGUUCCAAUCCAAUUGAGAGAAGACCUCUCCUAUGAAGAACAACCAAUUCGUAUUGUUGACCGAAAGGAGCAAGUGUUGAGAAGACGUGUUAUACCCUAUGUUAAGAUUCAAUGGAGUAAUCAUACAGAGCAGAAGGCAACAUGGGAGUUGGAGGAAGAUGCUAGGAAAAAAUACCCGCAACUUUUUGAUGAACAAGGUAUGAGUUUAGGGACUAAACUCUUUUAAGAGGGGAAGAAUGUAAGACCUAGAAUUUUAUUAUUGUUAUUAUUAUUUAAUUCCUUAAGGAUGUGUAUGCAAUAAGGUGGAAAUAUGAGG